GAUUUCAGUCACAGAGGUGUGAAUGGCAGAGGCUCGGCCACAAGUUCAUUUCAGUGAGAAACUUGUGAUUUCUCUUCAUUCCUGCUGAUUUUUUCCAGUCAGUCAGGUGGCCGUACCUCACAGGGAACACUUUUUGACAGGAUUUACUCUGCUGGAACAAUGCUCUCAACUCAUCACCUCUGGUACAUUGGAUAACGUUUAAUUAAUCCAGCAGAAAACAAGCACCCUUCCUCUGAUGGCCGGAUUCUUCCAGCAGCUCCGACUUCUUUUGUGGAAAAAUGCCUUGAGCGUCAUCAGGCAGCCAGGCUGGUCACUGGCUCUCCUCAUCUGGCCUCUGGUGAUCUUCAUCAUCUUAGCCGUCACCCGCUCACAGUUUCCCCCGGUGAUCAAAGACAGCUGCUAUGUGGCCCCACGGAAUCUCCCGAGCGCAGGCUUCUUCCCCUUCCUGCAGACGCUCAUGUGUAACACGGACAGCUCCUGCUCCAACAAGUCCUACCUUUCAGACCGGAGCUCCAGAUCAUAUUCCUUACCGAGGAGCAGACGACCUCGCAGAGACUUACACACACCGGAUACAGAGAGCUCAUCGCCACUACUUGAAGGCCUACCUCACCUGGCCCACCUACAGAAAGGAGGUUUGGUUCAUGCCAUCCUGAAGAGAGACACAUCCAACCAGUCCGGGAUCCUGGACCUAUGGGACACAAUGCUGAAUUCCAGCGCUGAUAUUUCAACAAACAUGACUGCCACCUUCCUGAACGUCUUAAACAGCACUGUACUGGCAGAUCAGAACACCCUGAAAGCCAUCCUGGACUCGGUGGGCACCCUGAAGAACUCCUUCUGCAGUUUCUACAUGUCUGGCUUGAACCUUUCUAACACAGACCACCUCAGCUCUGCAGUGGUCCGACUCUGCAGCUCCAACGAUACAGUGGUGGAAGUGUCCCUGGCAACUCUUAAUGAGUUCCUGGCUCAAUCUGUGCUCCAAAAUCCGGUGAGUGUGAUUCAGUCGAUCGAGAUGGCUGUGAUGGCACUGGGUCAGAUGCAGACGGAUACUCCCCUGUGGGACUUCCUGCUGGGACUGCCCAACCUCUUCCAGAACAGCUCAGAUCAGGGGAACAUCAUGUCCGUAACAAACAGUUUGCUGGAGCUGAAGAGGGCCCUCACAUCCAUUCAAAGCAGCUUCCCACUGGCUAAUGGUUCUGUGGACGCGCUAAACCCAGCCAUUGAUGAAGGCGUUCUGGUCCUCCAGUAUCUCCAGACCUGGCAAGGCAGAGGUGCAACAAUCGCCUUCACAGAUGUGUUAGGACAAUAUAACCAGUCUCUACUUAGCCCAGAAAUUAGCCAGCAGAUCCAGAAUCUCCACAUCCCUCUGGAUAAGGUAACUGUACUCUUCAACAGUGAGGCGUUCUACAAUUUUGUGUGUCCCACUCCAGUUGACGUCAUCUUCUGUAACAAACUCACUACUGAUAUUCUGUAUGGAUGGAUAAACCAAGAAAAGGUUGCUCUGCAGGUGCUGGUAGCCUGGAGUCAGUCUUCUGCCUCUGCAGAUCUCUCCUUUUUUAAGGACACGCUGAGUAGCUUUCUAAAUCCAAACGGAAUCUUCAGAAGCAAGAGGAACCAGCGCAGCGCUGCAGACCCGGCAGGGAGCCUGCCAGAACAACUAGUCCUCAAUAUUGGCGAUGCCGUGGUUAACAUGCUGAAAGGGCUGCCUCUCUGGGAAAACAUUCGACUUUUUUUGAUGGAAGUUCACUCAACAAUGCGAAUCGCCAAUGAAGCUAUGAACACCCAGAUACGAUACAUGGAGACUGUGUUGCCAGGUGCUCUGGAUUUCCAACAAAAUUUCCAAUCUGUCAUGUUGAACCAGGACGUGGCCGAUGCCUGGGUCCGUAACAUCAUGGACUCCACCGUGCAGACUGUGGCUAAUGUUAUGACGGGACACAUGGAUUGCCGUCAUUUGGCCGCUCCCUGGACUUGGAUGUCAAAAAACAUCUCAAUAACACCUGAGUUAUGGGCUGAACUUCUGUGUCCUGGAAAUGGGUCUGGUCUGGAGGAAAUGUUCAGUUCAAUAUCGCUUCCUCUGAUAGAGCAGGUGAAUCUGUUUAACAGUGUGGUUAAGGGUGAUUAUAUAUAUGACCCAUCACCUGCCGCAUUCCUGGAUGAAGGAUACAUACUGUACAGCACAUACCAGAAAUACACAUCUAGUCUCCAGAUGUAUGCUGGUGCACUGCAACAGCAGAACUUUACAAACUGGAUCCCACAGAACAUGCCAGUGGAUUGGUCUGCGAUCAUCAUGACCAGGGGUCUGGAAAAGUUAAAAGACGUCGGGUCACUUCUUCAGCAAAGCGGUCUAUGGUCAUCCAUGGAGCCAUAUUUCAACAUGGCUUACUGGAUCAUGACCUUCCAACCCAACAUCACUGGACCACCAAACUGCACUUUCUCUUCAGGUGAAACUGUCUGUCAGACUGGCUUUACAUGGGAUGAGUUCAUUCCAGUGCUUGGAUCUUUACUCGGUGAAGUGAACUCAAAUCCAGAUGCUCUACUAAGACCUAUCCAGGGAGCCCAAGCUCUGCUGCAAAGCAUCUACAAAGACACCUACAUGAACCUCCUAAAGCAGUUCCUCAGCAGCUCUGGGACGCCAUUGGCUGAUGUGUCAUCGCAGAACCUUUUGCUACAUCUCGCUGCCUUGGUGGACAACAACAUCCAACUCCUCUCCAACAUUACGUCCAUUGAUCAGUUUAGUAGCAGUGUCUUGUUGGACAUGUUGAACGCCAUCCUUCAGGGCAUUGGCCUGGGUCAGUCGGACGUACUCUGGUCUGGAGCCACCCAGAGCACUGACCUCAACACUGUGGUGAUGGACAUCAUCCAGCUUUUGAGCCCAAACUCCAUCCAGACCCUUAACAAUCAGGGACAGUUUGCAUUACUGGAUGCUCUGAUUGGUGUACUUGGACAGUUCUUGCCUCAUGAGCAACAGAACCAAUUGGAAGGUCUUCUAAACCACACACAUGCCCUGAUUGCAGACCUACUGACCUGUUCAGCGACUGGUCAGGACUGCCUCGGUGAAGUUGAAAAGGCCCUUAAUAUGUUGUCCCUUUUUGCAGAAUUGAAUGCAGUUGGAACGGAUAUCAACGUCACAUUAACGUACAUUCAGGGCAACAUGACUCUGUCCGUGACUAAUCAUCUUCUGAACCUUAUUCUUCCAUGGAACAUAUCAGGUUCUCAUGCAUCUACAACCGACAUCGUCAACAGGGUCCUCCAGCUCCUUGAGCAGAUGAGUUCAUCCCACAUUAUCAAUGUUGUCAGUCUUAAUCAAGCACUCCAAGCCCUCAAUCUCACAAUUUCUGAUUUGGAGCUAUUCACAAACCUACCCGAGGUGUCUGAUUUGCAGAGGGUAUUGUCAAACCUCAUGAAUACCAUCAACAUCUCGCAAUGUCUGAACAAUACCUCUAGUGGUGGAUCUCCAGGUUCCAGUGAGGCACAGUGCUCCAUGAUGCUUGUUGAAGGCGCGAUUGGCUUCCUUCAGUUUGUACCAGGGUUUGAAACUACUGUGAAAAUCAUGUCAGCCUCUCUUCCAGUCAUAUAUGAGCAGGUGAUGAGUCUCUGGAAGGUAAAUAGCACACAACCCGUCAACCCUCUUGGAGAGACAAAGGACAUUUUGGACAUAAUUCUGCAAAACAUCCGGCAGAACCUUCAAAACUUAAAUUUGGACAAUGGCACUUUGACCCAACUCAACAGCGACCUCAGUGUAUUGGAAGGACUUCUAAAUGUGGCAAUCAAUGAACGGUAUCCAUACCAAACAAUCAACUCCACACUGAUGUCCCAGCCUUUAUAUGCUCAGAAGGUGUAUGACCAGAUUGCACAGUGGUAUCUAGAAAAACUGGAGACGGCAAUCAAUGAAACUACCUUCAGAAGUCUUCUUCAGCCGUUCAUCCGCUUGAUGGAGAUGGAAAUCCAAGCCAGUGCUGCUCAGGCAAAUCUUUCUGUGCUGGUGUCCAAUCAGAUCCCGGACUUAAUGAGCCAUGCACAGCUUCCUCUGGAUGAAGCAAAUGUCAAUACCAUCUUCAGUGCAGUGAAGACCUUGCUAGAGGCUCAGCUACAACUUAUAAAAAUGAACCUUGAGAUUCAACAGGUCUUCUUUGACUCCAUGGGUUUACCCAUGAACUCGAGCCUUCCUGCAAACAUCGAAGCUGACGUCAUGAACUACCUCAACUCCGUACAAAACUGGACACUGGACUUUGCUUCAGUUCUGCAGUGGAGCAACAGUUCUUUUGAUAUCACCGCUCUAGUAAUGAACCUAGAGCAUCUAGUCCAAGACAUAAUCCCAUCGAUUUCUAUUGAGGACCAGGCCUUCCUGGGUAUGAUUGAACAGGCCUCUCAAUCCCUAGAUCAUCUGAUACAGCUGGGCAUCACUGAUGGUGGGGUGCAGAGUGAAAACUUCACAGAAGCUCUUAUGGAUUCCAUAAAGAUGCUACUGGCAAGCGCCUUCAAUACAACCAUUCCCUUGUCUGAAUCAGCAGUUGAAAAUAUCACCUCAGCCAUCCACACUUCACUCCAGCUGCUCCUAAACUCUAAUUUGAGCUAUGCCCAGUCUCAGGAGUUUUUGGUACAAGCUGCUUACAGCAUUAAGGACUUCAUCAGUGUGCUGAAUCCACAGUAUAAUGAAGCCCUGACUCCUGUCUUCAAUACCGUAUUAGCGUAUAUCAGCAGCGUCUCUAAACCAGCUGGAACUGACUGGUGGACUGAGAACAUCAUCUUCAUGAUAGAAACUCUCCAGAUGUCCCUGCCUCCCAACAGCACGGCUGCAUCCUACAUUACUGUGGUGCAGGAUAUCAUCAACUUUAUGCUCAACUCCAACCAAGGGAACACAAGUCUGUGGGCCGGCCUGCAACAGUUAAAUUCUAGCAGCCUUGAUGAACUUGGCAAACAGCUUUCUAUUGUCCUGGAAUCUUUACAACCAUUCCUCACAGAUCAGCAGGGCAUAGAUUGGACUGUGCAGUCCGUCCAGGCUCUGACAGAGUCUCUUCCCAUUCUUGUCCAAGUCCUCUCUGGUGGGACUGACCAAAUCACCUUCAGCAGGCUGGAGAGUUUGGUGACUGUCCUUUUGUCCAGCCUGAUGGACACUCCUGUGUGGAAUUCCCUGCCAUCUGCUCUGGACAUGGUCAGGAAUAUCUUGGUGUCCAUGGUUCAGAGCAUUCAGGUUCAGACCAAUAUCAUCCAUCACCUCUCAGAAGUUUUGCCGAACGUCUUCCACGUUGAUUCGGCGAACGUGUCUCUCUUCAUCAGCGCAUUACCACAGGCUUUGCAGUCCACCUUAGAGGCUACAAUGCAGGCUGGUGUGAGCCGGCAGGUGUUGAAUUGCACUGAGGUGCAGCUGAUCUGGGAUCAGGUCAGUGAAGCAGCUGGGCUCAACAUCAGUGUGUUUACAGAGUGGUGCCAUGUGGACCUUUUCCAGCUCGUGGGGGAUUACCAAAACCUCACAUAUCCACCAGGAGCCCAGAACAGCACGGGUCCGGACCCCCAGUGGCUGAAUACCAUGGCAGCGGAGAUUGUCGGCUCCCUUGAGGCCUUUUACUCGUCCAGCCUUAAUGAGUCCCUGGCCAUGCAGCAUCUGGCGCAUGCCCUGAUGCAGUGGGCCUCCUCGCUCAACCUGUCACUCUCAGAAACAGAGAGCCUGGCUAACUGGACCGGCCUGUUCUUCCCGCUUCAGGAGCAGCAGAGGCUCUUCCAAAUCGCCCUGGAGAUCCUUGAACGAGAGUCGCCACUGGAUACACUGACCUGGAAGCCAUACAUCACAGCAGUGCAGAAGACCAUAGAAUAUGUUCUGCGCAACAGUUACUUUACACAAUCCCCCAGCACUGAGAUCGUCAUACAGGCUGUGGAAGUCAUCCUCACUGCGAUGAACUUCAGCUCAGACCACAUAAACUCCAUCUUGAACAGUGUUAUCCUCAGCUCGUCUGGUGGUGGCUUGUCUCCGGAUGUCCUCAUCAAAGAACUGAUCAAGAAAGUCGUUGACAUGCAGCUGCUGGGAUACAUGCCCAUUUUGUACGACCAACUGAAUAAUAUCCUGAGUUUUGUAGACUCAAGCCACAUCUUUGAGAAAGCCAUGGAGCUGUACAACUGGUACAGCACGACCCAAGACACUGGAGUGGAUCUAGUCAUGCAGAUCCUGUCUAAGUUGUAUGAAAUGGUGAAUUCGGUGCUGCCAGCUGCCAGUCAGCUAACCAACCCACUGCCUUACUUCUCUGACACUGUCUUUCAACUUGCCAGCAAUGUCUUUUAUUUGCUGAGACAGAUCAGCCAAACCAGCAACCUCUUCGCCCCAAUCGACAACUACUUCAGUCCAAUCCAAAUGCAGCUUAGUCAGGGGAAAACUCUAAUGGAACUUGUGGCACAAAGCAAAAUUUCCAGGAUGAAUGUGAGCAAUGCGAAUAAAGAACCAGUGGAUGACUUCUUGGACCUCUUUGGCGUGGACUACCAAACCUUAGCUCAGGCCCUUUCUGUCCCACUCACUUCAGAGGAACUUCUGGAGACGGUUCAUGGCGUCUUUGCAAACCCAGACCUUGCUAUCCUACUGAAGGGCGUAACGGGAGCAUCAAGCCAAGAUCAAACAAUCGACAAAGCCCUUGAUGUGCUAUCUUACCUGACGCUUCCAAGCAGCGGACAGAACUUUGUGGAGAUGUUCACGCAGAUCAGCAACGAAGGGUGGAGUUUAAACAGCCUGGAGAAGAUUGGGCAGUUGGCAAACAGCGUGGGCAGAAUAAUCGACAUGUCAUUAGUGCUUUCUCAAGAGUCACCUGUCAGCAUAGCUCAGAGGGUGGAACAGAUGGCUGAACAGCUCAGCUCUGCAGCUUCGUACAUUGCUGCGCAACAAAGCAAUGGCACUGGUCUGGAACUCCUCAAAGCCGUCGAUACCAUUUUACUGCAGAAUCUGCAGGAAAUGACGAAGAACAACAACUCUAUGGUGGCGUUUAUCAUUCAGAGCAUAUUCAGCUAUAUAACUGCUCCAGGGACAGGAACUGACCUUGUAUCCUAUGUCCAGGCUGUUAACCAAACUGCUCAACUGUUUGUCUCGCUCUUUCCAACUCCAGAAGCUCAAGUGUAUUUCCACGUUUCAACACAGAUGCUGAAAGGUUUUGCAAUGCUUGCGUCAAACCCGAGAGAUGCGAACAACAUGCUGUUGGGAGUUUACGAGAUUGCCAAUGCCCUCAAUAACACCCUUACCUUCUCCAACAUGGCCACUCUGCCAAAUGGGAAGCCCGUCCAGGAGGUCAUGUAUCCGUUCAUCCUGAGCAAUGCCCUGGCCACGCAAAUCUUGCUCAAUCUCUCCGUCUCCAACUACACCUUCAGCAGUGCUCUGGAACGUGGCAUGAUUUUGACUAAGCUUUAUGACACGAUGGUUUCUAAUCUCCCAGUGGAAGCUCAGGUGUAUCUCCACCCCCUGAAGUCAGCUCUGUUCUACGCUCUGUCGAAUGUGACGAGUACAACCCAAAUCCAGUUCUCCUUCUUCGAAAUCUCCCAGCAAGUCACCAUGUCCCUUUUGGCUUCGCUGAAUGUGACCGAAGAUCCUUUGUCGAACGGGAUGACUUCCGGCAGCUUGGCUCAAGUGCUCUUCACUGUGUCAUCUGAGGUUACCAGAGUUCUCUAUGAAAGCCAAACGCCAGAUCAUCAGUCCUCCAUGCAGCUUCUGAAUGUUCUAAGCUCUCUGGACAAGGUCAUAGUAUCAUUGUCUUCGGUUUUGCCUGGAGAAAACCAGCACUACCUAAACAUUUCCCUAUCUUUCAUGGAAAGUGUGGCCUUUGCUAUGAACCUCAACAGCAGCACAGAGGACAUCACAUCAGGCAUGGACAUGUUCUCCAGCUCUAUCUUACACCUCCUUGGUGCGGUGCCAAAUAUCAACCAGGACAUCUCUGGUGACAUCCUUGCGAGCCUUGUAGACACCUUGAAGAUGCUCCUUUCAGCUGUAUCUCCAGGCCAAGAUCCACUAGCCGAAAGUUCUGCAACUACUCAGCAGGUCCUCCUUGCCGUACAGAACCUCCUCAGCUUGUCGAGCAACAGCUCUGAGCUGGAUCUAGCCAGGAUGAUUCUGAAGAUAGCGGAGAUGAACGCCAGUCCUCUGCUGAUGACGAACAACACUAACUGGGCUGACAACCUGCCACUGGUGCUGACAAACAUUGCCGACAGCCUUCCAGACAACCUUCAGCUCGGGCCUCUCAAUAAAGCCAUCAUCAGAAGUUUGGCCAACGAAUCCCAAGAAAACCUGAAUCAGCUGCUUCAGGCAGUGAGCACAGUCUCUGAACUUCUCUAUACCGACUGGAUGAGUGAGAAAUUCACUGCUGUUCUGAACCAGCUGCAGACACAGGUGUGUAAUCUGGAGAAGAUGGACUCCAUACAGCAGCUCAGUCAGGCUCUGUCUCUUGGUCCUGGUCUGCUGUGUCACGUGGUCGUUCCCACCAUCCAAACCCUUAACGUCGUCUCCAACAACCUGGUGAACCAAAGCUCUGGAGUCUAUCAGCAGCUCUUCCAGAGCUUUGUUGGAGACCCAUACAGUUACGACAUGACUGUUGACUGGAACGCUGUUCUCAUGAAGGUCACCGGAUUCAACAUCAGCUCAUUCGGGAACAUCCAAAUUAACAUGACCUCUCAGAGUGUUGUGAAGGUGUCAGACUUGUUGAAGAACAGGACGCUGUUUGUCUCGGAUGUCCUGAAGUACAUCAGCAUUGAUCCAGUGAUGCUAAACACCCUGCUGGAGGCAACUUUACCCAACAGCAACCUGCAGAUCCUGAGUUGGCUGGCUAACUUACGCAACUGUCCUGGCCAAUCCUCCAUGAACAUGGACCCCACAGAGCAUCAGAUCUUCAUGGCCUUGUGUUCCCUGCCUCCUCAAGAGAUGUACAGAUUGGCUGUCCUCAUGGCUCAGCACAUCGACAUGGAAAAUGCAGUUUACAAGAUGGUGCUGUCCAGUGAAAUCCAGGGCACGGUUGGGGUCCUGAUGCAAAUUCUGAAGUUCUUCACAGACAUCAUGAGCAAGCUGGCCCCUGCCCUGGACCGGCUGCAGGAGUAUCUGGUCAACUUUGGCAACCUGAACCUGAUGGCAAACUCAGAGUUCCGGACGUUGGUGAGGGGGAAGCGGUCAGUAAUCUCUAGCCGGGCCACGUUCGUCACCAUCUCCCGUGCCAUGUGUAAAAAUGGCAUGCUGUCGCUCUUCGGAAUCUCCAAGCUGCCCAACUUGGCCGAGGCGGACCCUUCUUUCAAGGAUCCUCAAAGGGUGGACGAGCUCAUGACCAAGUUCAAAAUCCCACGAGACGCCACUCCAUUCUGCACCAACUUCUACCUUGACAUGGUGAGCACCACCGGGGGAGCUGUGGCCUGGGCCUUCCUGAAGCCCAUGCUGUUGGGGCAGGUGCUGUACUAUCCUGAAACUCCACUGACCAGAGAAAUCAUUCAGAAGUCGAACGCCACGCUGCAGCAGUUUGGUGACCUGCGUGUUUACGCUGAAGAAUGGCUGCACUCGUCCUCCUAUCUGACACAGUCAGCACAGAUCCUGAAUAAAACCCUGCCCAUGAUCCAGAACUCCCUGAAAAAUCCCUUCGUCCAGAACUUCAUAAAGAAGCAGACCGACAUCGACGUGGAGCAGAUGCAGCAAACUCUCCAGCAGUUCUCCAACAUGACGGAGAUGCUGCAGAAGAAUCAGCUGAUUUUGCAGCAGAUCAGCACGCUCUCCAACCUCAUGAUGAACCUCUCAGACUGCGUCAACUUCAACCGCUACCACGGCUACAACUCCAGUGAGGAGCUGGACAAGCAGGCUGAGAAACUGGCCCACAACCGCGAGCUCUACGCCAGUGUGAUCUUCAAUCUGCCCUCCUCUUCCUCCUCCUCCUCUUCCUCCUCUGGCCUGCCUCCUAAGGUGGACUACAAGAUCCGUAUGCACAUCGACAACUCCAUGCGAACUGACCGCUCCAGGAACCCGUUCUGGGUGAAGGCCUCGUACAUCUCACCACUGAAGACCCAGCGCUACAUCCGGGGCUUCGCCUACCUGCAGGAGGGCAUCGAGAGGGCCAUCAUUGCAAUGCAGUCUGGGAAGGAGGUGAAGGAGCCGGCGGUGCAGGUCCAGGCCUUCCCGUACCCUUGCUUCUAUAAAGACGAAUAUCUCAACAGCAUCUCCUUCGCUUUCCCGCUGGUGCUCAUGAUUGCCUGGGUGCUUUUCAUCGCCAACUUCGUAAAGAAGCUCGUCCACGAGAGAGAACUCCGACUGCAUGAGUACAUGAAGAUGAUGGGAGUCAAUCCGAUCAGUCAUUUCUUCGCCUGGUUCAUUGAGAGUGCCGUGUUUGUUCUAAUCACCGUCAUCAUCCUCACCAUCAUUCUGAAAGGUGGUGGGGUUCUCCCGAAGAGUGACGGCUUCAUCCUCUUCCUCUACCUGUGUGACUACGGCCUGAGCAUCCUGGCCAUCAGCUUCCUCGUCAGCUCCUUCUUCGACAAGACCAACAUCGCCGGUCUGAGCGGCAGCCUGAUCUACGUCAUCAGCUUCUUCCCUUUCAUCGUGGUCAUGUCCAUGGAGGAGACCAUGUCCUUCUUCGCCAAGAGCGUUAUGAGCCUGUUUUCACCAACAUGCUUCAGUUACGCAAGUCAGUACAUCUCCCGUUAUGAAAAACAGGAAGAAGGUAUCCAGUGGAGCAACAUGUACAUCUCCCCUGUGGCUGGAGACACCUCCUCAUUCGGUUGGCUCUGCUGGCUCCUCGUCAUCGACUCUCUAAUCUAUUUCCUCCUGGGCGCCUACAUCCGCAUGGUAUUCCCAGGUAAAUACGGUAUCGCAGCUCCGUGGUAUUUCCCGGUUCUGCCGUCGUUCUGGAGCGAUAUGUUCGGAUGCUGCAGCAGAGCUCCGAGGAAAGUGGGCCGAGGCCUGCUCUUCUCCAACAUGGUGCAGGACACCCAGAGGAGCAGCAAAGACAAAGGAAAAGAUGUGGGUGAUUUCCACACUCAGGGAGAUGAGGAGUUCACAGGGCUGCCAGUCGGCGUCUCACUUCAGGGCCUGACAAAGACCUACGGCAGCAGGAAGGCCAUAGAAAACCUGAACCUGUCCUUCUACGAGGGUCAUGUGACCUCGCUGCUCGGCCACAACGGAGCGGGAAAGACCACCACCAUGUCUCUACUCACCGGAUUGUUUUCUCCAUCCUCUGGCUCCAUUGAGGUCUAUGGGAAAGACAUGCAGGCGUUUAUGGAUGACGUACGGCAGGAGCUGGGAGUGUGUAUGCAGUACGACGUUCACUUCGACCACCUGACUGCUAAAGAGCACCUGAUGCUGUACGGUCAGAUCAAAGCCCCCCACUGGACAAAGCAGGAACUGGAGCAACAAGUGCGCAAGAUUCUGAAGGAGACAGGAAUGUACGCCCACCGUCACAAGCGUGUGGGGACGCUGUCAGGAGGCAUGAAGAGGAAGCUGUCCAUUUCCAUUGCUUUUAUCGGCGGCUCUCGCCUGGUGGUCCUGGACGAGCCCACUACGGGAGUGGACCCCUGCUCACGGCGAAGCAUCUGGGAAAUCAUCCUCCAGCAUAAACAGGAACGCACAAUCAUUCUGUCCACUCAUCACCUGGACGAGGCCGAGGUUCUCAGCGACCGCAUCGCUUUCCUGGAGCGCGGAGGCCUGAAAUGCUGUGGAUCUCCGUACUACCUGAAAGACAAGCUGGCUCAGGGCUACAACCUCACACUCACCAAGAAGGUCCAGCCGCCUGAAUCGGAGGAGAAAUUCGACAGCGAGGAGGUGAAGGCCUUCAUUCUCUCACACAUGCCCGAGGCCCGACAGAAAGAGGGGGAGGUUGGAGAUGUAGUCUACUGCCUUCCUGCCUACAGCUCCCAGAAUGCACCUGCCUACCGCUCACUGCUUACCAGCCUGGAUAAGAACCUGGACUCUCUUCAGCUGGGCUGCUACGGCAUCUCAGACACGACCCUGGAAGAGGUGUUCCUGCAGCUGACGAGAGAUGAUCUGGAGCCGGUGAAGGACAGGCCGAGUACUGUAUCAGAGACCGUGCAGGACACAGCAGCUUCCAGAGAGAGUCUACAGGACGACCUCAACAGCAGCAUGUAUCUUGGAGAGAGAGCCAGUCUGACGGGUAACUCCACGGUGAGCGGCUUGGCGCUGACGGCGCAGCAGGUGAUGGCCAUGCUGGUGAAACGUUUUCAUCAUACCAGGAGGGACUGGAAGGGGCUAAUCUCACAGGUGCUGCUCCCUGUGCUGUUCGUCAUCGCCGCCAUGGGCCUGGGCUCCAUCAAGAGUGAUCUACAGACCUUUCCUGAGAUGGAGAUUUCUCCAGCUCUGUACGACACCGGCAAAGCGUACGCCUUCUUCAGUAACCAGAAUCCCAACUCUACUUACCUGGUGGAUACCAUGAUGUCAUAUCCAGGCAUAGACCACUACUGCAUGAGCAACCCCAACACUGAAGUGUGUCGUGCGAGAGGCACUGCGGCAUCUGACGGAUGGACGUCCGGAGGCAACGGCUCCUCCUGGUCUGGGAGCUGUAAAUGCGGGGGCUUUUUACAGACCUGCCAGAAGCCCGUAUCUGACCCGCCUCACAAAACCAACCCCUCCACUCAGAUCGUCUACAACCUGACUGGCAUUGACAUCGAGAACUACCUCCUGGUCACUGCCAAUGACUUUGUCAGAGACAGGUACGGAGGCUGGUCCUUCGGGAACGCCCUUCCCACUGAUCUCCAAAUGGACAUCAUGGAGGUGCCCAAAAACAGGACCUUAACUAAGGUGUGGUACAACCCUGAAGGUCACCACACGUUACCUGCCUACCUCAACAGCCUCAACAACUUCAUCCUGCGCUCCAACAUCCCAGCAGACCAGCGGCAGAAAUACGCAAUCUCGCUGUCCAGCCAUCCCUACCCAGGCCAGGUGGAAGAUGAGGAUGCCAUGGUGCGGGGCCUGGUCAACGUUCUGGUGGCGCUGUGCGUCCUCACUGGCUACUCCAUCAUGACAGCCAGCUUUGUCAUUUACGAGGUUCAGGAACAUCACAGCGGCUCCAAGAUGCUCCAGCACAUUUCAGGCAUCAGCGAACCCUUUUACUGGACCAUUAACUUCAUCUAUGAUAUGGCUCUAUACAUGAUUCCUGUGAUCCUCUCCGUGAUCAUGAUCGCUGCCUUCCAGCUAACAGCCUUCACCGGCCACCAGAAUCUUGAGGCGGUCACACUGCUGCUCGUGCUCUUCGGGUUCGCCAGCUUCCCCUGGAUGUACCUCAUUUCAACCAUGUUCAAGGAUGCGGAAAUGGCCUUCAUCAGCUACGUCUGCAUCAACCUCUUCAUCAGUGUGAACACCAUCAUCUCUACUGCGAUCAUCUACUUUUUGGGGCAGCUCCACCCCAACGAUGAGAACGUCCAGGUGGUGUACCGCAUCAUGAGCUACGUGUUCCUGAUCUUCCCUCAGUUCAGCUUUGGGAACGGGCUGAUGGAGCUGGCCCGGGUGGACAUGCAGGUGCAGAUCCUGAGCGUUUUUGGGGUGGACGCCUAUAAGAACCCCUUCAGCAUGGACGUGCUGGGCUGGAUGUUCCUCUCCCUCUUCCUGCACGGAUUCGUCUUCUUCACUGUUCGGCUGCUGCUCAACAAGUGGCUCCUCCGGAAGGUUAGGAGACUUUUCUGCCGGAGGAAGUCCGUGCCUCAGACAGGAAACUGCAACGAGGACAAGGAUGUUUUGGCUGAGCGCCAGCGUGUGGACAGUGGGGCGGCUAGUUCGGAUUUGCUGCAGGUCAGCCAGCUGACUAAAGUCUACCAGCAUCUGAGCAGGAAAGUGAAGGCGGUGAAGGACCUGUCUUUCGGCAUUCCGGCGGGAGAGUGCUUUGGGUUGCUGGGUGUCAAUGGAGCGGGAAAGACCACCACGUUCAAGAUGCUGACUGGCGAUAUCAGCCCUACAAAUGGCUCAGCGCAAGUUCGCGACUGGGAUGGGAGGUUGGUUGACAUGAUAGACUGUAGGACGGAGGGCAUCAACAUCGGUUACUGCCCUCAGGUGGAUGCUCUGGAUGAUCUGCUGACCGGAGAGGAGCAUCUGUACUUCUACGCUCGCAUCAGAGGCAUCGCUAAGAGAGAGAUUCAUACGGUUGUGAACUACCUGCUCAAGAAGCUGGAGCUGGACUACCACAGACAAAUCAUCAGCGACCGCUACAGCUGCGGAACACGCCGGAAACUGUCUACUGCGCUGGCUCUGAUUGGAAAGCCUCAGAUCCUACUGCUGGACGAACCCAGCUCAGGAAUGGACCCCCGCUCCAAACGGCACCUCUGGAAGAUCAUCUCUGAGGAAGUGAUGGGAAAAUGUGCUGUGGUGCUGACAUCACACAGCAUGGAAGAGUGUGAGGCUUUGUGUUCUCGUCUGGCUAUAAUGGUGCAAGGCCAGUUCAGGUGUCUGGGCUCCCUGCAGCACAUCAAGAACAGGUUCGGCAGCGGCUUCACUGUGAAGAUGUACCUAACCACAGCCUCCAGUGAUGUCGAUGCGAUCACCAGGUUCAUGGAGCAGCAUUUUCCCAGCACCUACCUGAAGGAUCAUCACUCGGCGAUGGUGGAGUAUCACGUUCCUCUGGCUCCCGGCGGCGUGGCUGACAUCUUUGACCAGCUGGAGCCGAACAAAGCUGCACUGCAGAUCAAACACUUCUCCGUCAGCCAGACCACGCUGGAUGAGGUCUUCAUUAACUUCGCGAUGGGAAAGGCUGGCACGGAGUCGGAGGAAGUCAACGAAGCCUCAGACGCGGACAGUCUUGAAACUUUCAGCGCCGUUGACUCGUAGGAAGACAAGAUCGUGGAUUGCACACAGCGACAGUGAAGGACUACAGAAAAUGCCAUGUUAAAUAUUUGACUAAAUUAAUAUAUAGUAACUCCUGAAGGCUGUAUCAUGGUACUGUAAUUUUUAUAAUGGACAACAAAAUCACUUAUUGUUUAAACAUCAUAUUAUAUCUUUCUUUUUUUUUUUUAGCUUUUUCCUUUAAUUAAAUAAUGAAGUAUCUAUGGCACCUUAUGAGAAAAUUAACCUGAUUCUUGGGUUCUUCCUGUGUUUUUGAAGCGCAAGUAUAUGUUUCUAUGUUUAUGAGGCCAAAAAUACGGUACAGAUAUCAGCCAAAUAUAUCAUGUUUUGCCACAUGAAGUUAAAAAAAACCUCUGUUACAUCUACUGUAUACAAUCAGUUGUUUAUAUGCAAUAUAUAUAUAUAUAUAUAUAUAUAUAUAUAUAUAUAUAUAUAUAUAUAUAUAUAUAUAUAUAUAUGUAUAUCCUUGCUAUAAUGCAAAAAGUUUUUUUUUAAAUGAAUGAUAAAUGGACCAAUAGAAAUGGCUCAAAAUGAAUGAUUAAAAUAAAAUAUUUUUCCAUUGACUUUCUCUGAAAGUUAAAAAGUUGAUAUUUCAGAUGUACAAAUUUGUUUGGCUUGACAGAAAUGAUAUAUACAUACAUAUACACAUAUAUACAUAUAUAUAUAUAUAUACAUAUAUAUACAUACAUAUACACAUAUAUACAUAUAUAUGAGCUCAUUGCAAUAUUACAACGAAAGUGCCUAUUCUCUCUGAGUGGGGAUAUAAGUGAUACAGUAUAUGCACCGUUCAGCCGUUCAGACUGUGUCUAAUUCCGAAAGGCUCUGAAUCUUUCCAACAAACUCCUAUUGUUGUUUCUAUUGUUUACUGUAAGCCCAUCAUUGGAACCUUAAGAAUGCAAACAGAUGACCAUAAUUUGGUUACUCAAUACCGCAUUAACUAUGCAUGCAGGGUGGCAGUCUCAUCCUUUUAAACCGCUGGCAGCGCCGAUGCCGCGCUACUUCUGAGGCCGGUAUAAAUCACAAAGACCGUUUUGGCUCCGAGAUAUAAAUGAUUCUUCAAUGUCUGCACAUCUUCAUUCUCAUUAAUAUUUCCUCUCGAGGCACAUCUCUCAUGUGCUGAAUAUUUCAUCAGCUCUUUCCUCGCACCGCUUCAAGGCACAGUUCCUCUUUUUAAAAAUGUACCAAACGUAUUUAUACAUUAAAGCUAUUUUUCAAAAUGCAA